AUGAGCGCGGGUGCUGACGGCAGCGGCGGCGCUGCGGCCGCGGCGCGGUCCCGAGAGGGCAGUCCAGCGGAGGACGGCUUCGUCCCGUCGGCGCUGGGAACCCGAGAGCAUUGGGAUGCCGUCUAUGAGAGAGAACUGCAUACUUUUCGAGAAUAUGGAGAUACAGGAGAAAUCUGGUUUGGAGAAGAGAGUAUGAAUCGACUAAUAAGGUGGAUGCAGAAACACAAGAUUCCACUGGAUGCUUCAGUGCUCGAUAUUGGAACUGGAAAUGGUGUUUUCCUGAUUGAACUUGCAAAAUUUGGUUUCUCUAAUAUUACUGGAAUUGAUUAUUCUCCUUCUGCAAUUCAGCUUUCUGGAAGUAUUAUAGAGAAAGAAGGUUUAUCGAACAUUAAAUUGAAGGUAGAAGACUUUUUGAAUCUUUCCACAAAGCUGUCUGAAUUUCAUAUUUGCGUUGACAAAGGGACUUUUGAUGCAAUAAGCCUUAAUCCUGACAGUGCAAUUGAGAAGAGGAAGCAAUAUGUGAAAUCUCUCUCCAGGGUGUUGAAAGUAAAAGGCUUUUUUCUAAUAACCUCAUGUAAUUGGACCAAGGAAGAGUUGAUGAAUGAAUUCAGUGAAGGAUUUGAAUUUUUCGAAGAGCUGCCAACACCCAAGUUCAGCUUUGGAGGCAGAUCCGGAAACAGUGUAGCAGCAUUGGUUUUCCAAAAAACAUGAGACUUUUCUUUGGACAAAUUCAGGUAGCUUUUUUAAAAAGUUACACAGCAAAGUUAACCUGACACAGAAGAUGCAAGUGCAAAUAAAUGCUUAGUAAGUACACAGAAUGCAUAUGUUCAAUAGACAUAAUAGGUUGGUAAAAAAAAAUGAUGAACAGUAAGUGGUUGGGUUUUAGAGAUCAACCAAGAAUGGUUUUUAAUUUUUCUUUGUAUUUGAAAUAUAAACUUUUUUUUAAUUAAAAAAAUUUUCUGUACCUACUAAAUAGUUAAAAACUUUAAAUUAGUAAAUGAAUUUACAGAAAACAUGUAUUCUUGAUUUUUGUGCCUUGUUAAGUUGAAUUGAAUGUAACUAUGAAGAUUUGUCGAAUAAUAAGCAAAA